AUGUCCUACGGUCCCUUAGACAUGUAUCGGAACCCGGGGUCCUCUGGGCCCCAGCUCCGGGACUUCAACAGCAUCAUACAGACGUGCAGUGGCAACAUCCAGCGGAUCAGCCAAGCCAGUGAGGAAACUGAGGCACAGAGGAGUGAAGCCUUUUGCUCAAGAUCAUAAAGCUAAGCUGGAUGCCUGGCUGGCUCAGUCAGUGGAGCAUGCGACUCUUGAUCUUGAUAUUCUGCUCAGAUAAAGAAUUUGAUGAGCCAACUAGGAACUAAGCAGGACUCAAGCAAACUACAGGAAAAUCUGCAACAGUUACAGCACUCUACAAAUCAGCUCGCCAAGGAAACAAAUGAACUACUGAAGGAAUUAGGGUCCUUGCCUCUUCCCUUAUCUGCUUCAGAACAGCGCCAGCAAAAACUUCAGAAAGAACGUCUCAUGAAUGACUUCUCUGCAGCCUUAAACAACUUCCAGGCUGUUCAGAGAAGGGUAUCUGAAAAGGAAAAGGAGAGCAUUGCCAGAGCAAGAGCUGGAUCUCGUCUCUCGGCGGAGGAGAGGCAAAGAGAGGAGCAGCUCGUCUCAUUUGAUGGCCAUGAGGAUUGGAACCAGAUGCAGAGCCAGGAGGAUGAGGUGGCCAUCACCGAACAGGAUCUGGAACUUAUUAAAGAGAGAGAAACAGCAAUUCGGCAGCUGGAGGCUGACAUUUUGGAUGUCAAUCAAAUAUUUAAAGAUUUGGCCAUGAUGAUCCAUGAUCAAGGUGAUCUAAUUGACAGCAUAGAAGCCAAUGUGGAAAGCUCAGAGGUACAUGUAGAGAGAGCCGCUGAUCAGUUACAGCGGGCUGCCUACUAUCAGAAAAAAUCCCGCAAGAAGAUCUGUAUCCUGGUGCUUGUCCUGUCUGUGAUUAUUGUCAUCUUGGUACUUAUUAUCUGGCAAAUUUAUAAAUGAAGUGAUUGUCUCAGAGCCGCCUUCCGCUGAGCUGUUUUCAAGGGCACCUGCUUACUGGAGUCUUUCCAGAACAAACUGAUCACAAGAAGAGAGCAUACACCAGAAUGUCCUGUAAUAAUUUAGUUAGAAAAUAACUACUAACUAGUCCUUUGGAAUUAGUGACCUAUGGAGACAGUAUUUAUCAAUUUAUGUAUACAUUCUAUUGAUUUCUCAAAUUAGGAAUUAAUUUAUGUGGAUUUUGCAUUCUCUUGUAUUCUGAUUGCUCUUCAUCUCCAAGUGUUUACUGAAAAUUCCAUUCUAGAUAUUCUUGUUUUGACAGGUGACACUACAGUCUUGUAAUAUUGUUAUUUUAUGUGUAUACUAGAUUCACCUUUUUACUAGCAACUGAGGUAGAAUUACUUUCUGACAGCCAGCACAUUUGUCAGAAGCUAUAUAAUAAGCUGGUACUUUUUAUUAUUUAACAUUUUAAUUUGAAUUUCCAAGAAGCCUAUUCUCUAUCUGCUUUGAAAGAUUUUGGCAAUAUAUUUAACUGGAAAGUAAAAAUUGCACAUUUGAUCCCGAUUAAAAGUAUCUAUUUGAGCUGGCCAGUUGUCAAAGGACCUGUUAACGGGGUCUAACGUUUACUUUAUUAUCUGCUAGUGUCAUCCAUGGCAGUUCAUCUGCACACACACUAAACCAUCUUGUUCACAUUUUUAAGAGAUUAAUUUAAUUAACAUUAUUAUGCUCUCUGGGGUCUCUCUCCCCCUGUCUGUAUAGAAAGGGAGAAUUAGACAAAGCAUGCUUUUGGAAAGCAAAUAGGAAUUGUUUGGAAUGAUUUAAACUUUUUGUUGUUGUUCACUUGUGGUUCUACAUUCCUGGUGAAUGAUGAAUAUUGCUGUCAGAAGGCUGCCCCUUCCCCCAUAAGGGCUGCUGGGCAUUUGAUGGCAGGAAGAUUUUAAAAGCUAGACUGAAGUUGGUUUAAAAUUUAGUUCUGUGAACCUGGUGAUAAAGCAAAGAAAAGGUUCAUUUUUGUAAAUACUGCCGGUUUGGAAUAGUGAUGUUAGACUUAUCCUAAUUUAUGAACAAGAGAUUAAUCUCCAUGCAUAGUUUUAGACAAAAAAAAUGUUUCAAUAAAAGAUUGCUGUCUUGUAAUAGAAAUGUUGUCCACUUCCCUUUUUCACACAGGUCUAGAGCAGUUAAAGGGAAUAUAAUUUCUGUAGGCUCUCACAUAAGUGUGAAUUGGGCCAACAAUUUCAGUUCAUCCUUUAGUGAAUUAGAGGACUGGGCUACCCUGGAUAUAUUUAUAUUCAUUUCUUCCACUCCCUUUAAUGUUACUUAAUCUCCUUUUUUACCAAACUAAUGUGAAUAGUAGGGAAACAAGGGCCCAAAUGCCUAAGUUUCUUUGUACUCUUGCACCAUUCCACUCCUUAAUACAAAUAAACAUUUUAAAAAAG